AUGCAAAAAUUACAUAAUUAUUAUUUUUAUUUCAUAAUUGCAAUUUUAUACUAUAUUUCGUUAUUUCUUUGUGAAUUUAGGGAAAGUGAAAUAAUUAUUCAAUGUUAUAAUUUUAUUAAUUAUAUUAAGGAAUAUAAUGAGAAAUUAGUUUCUUAUUCGAGCAGUGAUAACAACUAUUCUAAUACAGAAUGUACCCCUAUUAUUUCAAAUUAUGAUAUUAACGGUGUCAAUAAAGAUACAGCGUGUAGACGUGUUAUGGGGUAUUUAAGCCAUAUAUCACAAAAUGACUUGUCGAAAGAAUCAGCUAAUAAAUGUAAAUAUUUGUACUACUGGAUGCAUUAUGACUUACUAAAGGAUCAAAAAGAGAGUGAUCAGACGUUAAAAUUAUACAACGAAUUUUUACAAUUAUACGAAAAAGCUCGUAAUGGUAGACACUUGUGCAAUAAUUAUAUUGAAGAAAUUAGCAAAAUUGUAGUUUCAAAUGCAAAAAAACUCAUAGAAUUGUAUAAUACUUUCAAAAAUGAACAGAAUGUGUCCAAUAAAUGCUAUUGCGUCUGCGCGAAGAAAUGCUAUGAUUUACAUAAUAAGUAUGCACAAGAAUGUUAUAAUGAUAAUAAGGAUGAAGAUUUUUGUAAUGAACUAGAAAAUUUUAAGUAUUUAUAUGAUCGCAAUAUGCUAUAUGUAGGUACAUGCCAUAAUGCACCGAAAACAUUAGUUUCUGUGAAACCUAAUGGAUUACAUUCUCCGAUAAUAUUCCCACUUAUGCUAGCAUUAGUGAUGCAUUCGCUUCUAUUCAUUUUAUAUAAGGUUAAUAACGCAUAUUAUAAUACAUAUAUAUAA